AUGAUUCUGCGCCGCUUUUUCUCCGUUUCUCGGGGCCACUACACGUAUGCCCAGCAGCUCCAUAGCGCAGUUGAGAACGUCAACGUUCUCCUCGAACAAAACGACCGCCUGUCGUAUCUUUUGGCUCAGUACAUUCCCGAGCCCGCAAGAACAGCGUUUAUGGCAAUCAGAGCGUUUGGUCUUGAGGUGAACAAGAUCUCCUCGACCCAGCGGACGGGAAUGGCCGCUGCGGAUCUCAAAUUCAAGUUCUGGAGCGAUCUUGUCUCAAGCGCAUUUGCAGGCCGUGCAACUGGAGAGCCCGUGGCGUUUCUUCUCCGGGACGCGGCAGACCGUGGCUUGAAUCUUGAUGCGGCGCCGUUUCUCCAGUUCUUGCAAACAAGACGGCAUUUUUUGCGGACGCCGCAGUUUGCCUCGGCCGAGGCCAUUUGUUCCUACGGUGAAGGCACAUACUCACAGCUCAACUACGCCGUGCAAGGACUCCUUCUCCUGCCUGGGAUCUCGCCCUCCUCGAUCGAACUACUAGAGCUGUCUCCGCAUCUUCAAAAGGAGGUGGGUGAUGUUGCAGCGCAUAUUGGUCAAGCCACUGCUGUUGCUUCUAUGCUUUUGGGGCUUCCGUACUAUGCGUCACGCGAUAUCGUCACUGUUCCAGUAGACAUCAUGGCAAAGAACGGACUCUCCCAAGAAAACACUUUGCGUCUAGUCCAGGGCCACUUGGAAGGCAACGAGCAAAAGCAUGCACGCGAGCAGUUGCAGAAUGUCGUUUACGAGACUGCCGUUUUCGCCAACGAUCAUAUUUUGCUGGCUCGGCGUAAGUUGGCUCAGCUUCCGGACGAAAUCAGAAAAGUGGUGGAAUCGAAGCCUGACGGUUUAUUGCCUCGCCAAAGCAAACGGUGGCGCCGUGGCUUGCCUGAUGCGCUUUUCACACCUUUUAUGUCGGCCAUUCCCACGGCGUUGUACUUACGGAAGCUUGAAAAACAUGACUUUGAUGUGUUGAGUCCAAAGCUCCAGCAAAAAGAAUGGCGUUUGGCAUGGACUUCAUUCAAAAGCUACUACCGGCGCACGAUUUAA